AAGAAUAGAUUCAUCAUAUUAAAUCACAAUCAUGUGUCCAACUGUUUUUGACUCAGUCUAUUAAUUAUUGUCUAACUUACCUGUAAUUAAGGCAACUUUCCCCUUCAACGAGCCCCCGAGUGUUGCUGGAUCCGAUGAGGACAUAUUUGGACAAAAAGUCUAGGGUCUAUAGCAAUUUAAUAAUGAAACAAACAAAAUAUUAUUGAAUGAAAUGUCUGUGGAUCCGGGCUGUGGAUCAGCUCUGCUUGACCUGGGAUCGGAUAGAGGAGACUCUAAAUCACGUGACUGAGAGACGUAUCACCUGAUGACAAGAAGAAUGACGGAAAACACUGAAGCACCGGCAGGCGCAGGCUCCCAUGCAUAUGGGAUUCUAGCUAAUAUUCCUGCGGAUUUUCAUUCAGCAGACUUACGAAAUUAUUUUUCACAGUUCAUAGAAUCCAACGGAUUUAGCUGUUUUCAUUUCAGACUUCGCCCGGAGACAAAACAACGAGAAAAGGACGACCCGCCGUCGUAUACAAGCCCCAGCGGGAUCGGGAAGUCGUCCGAUUUCUCCCCGAAACUUGGGCGGCUCGAUCAAUCAACUUCCGCUACUUCCUCCACUGGAGUUGAAGAUGUUCAGGUCAAGGCGAACAACGUGCGAAAAACUUUUUGCUGCGUCUUGAAACUGCAAGAGCACAAAAUGUCCAAAUUUAUUAGGAUGUAUCACAAGAAACCUUGGAUUGACAAGAAAGGUGCAAUUAUGUCAAGCACAUGUUUCAUAUCAAGAAUAAAAGUUGCUGAAGCUGACGUUGACAAAACCACAGAUUCAGGGGAGGCAAAAGAAUACACAACACGGGGAGACAGCAAGCUCAUUCCACCAGAAAGGGAGAUAUUCACUGAAUUUCAUCUGGAAAACCUGGUAGAGCUGAACCCACCAGACCUGAUGCCUAAUGGCAAUGUUGGCACACCCACCGCUGUGUUUCUUGAGUACAUCAGAACUUGUCGCCUCCCCCCAAAGAUUAUUCAAAGACUUGGCCUCACCUUCUCAAAGAGCAGGUCCAACAGGAGAUAUGGAAAUGUUCCACUUGCAUAUGGGGGUGAAAUUGUCGACGGGGUGAGUGAAAAUGAGGAAAUUGCCAUGACAGCAUCAGGUCAAGAGAUCAGGGAUAAUGUUGAAGUAACCAGGGUUUCAGCAGAUUCCAAAGACUAUUCUAGGAAGGCGGAAAGAAAGAAAGAUUGGAAGAAAAGAACUGGUAACGAAAAUGAAGAGAGAAAUGUUUCUGAUUCAGAUGAGGAUGAUGAUGAUGAUACCUGUGAGGAAUGGGAAAGACAUGAAUCUCUUCAUGAGGACAUCACAUCCCAGGAACGAAUCAAAGAGAGGCUAUUUGAAGAAGAGAUAGAGCUUAAGUGGGAGAAAGGUGGAAGUGGUCUUGUCUUCUACACUGAUGCUGCAUUCUGGGAUGCUCAAGAAGGAGAUUUUGAUGAGAAAACUUCAGAUGACUGGGAUGUUGAUAUGAGUAUUUACUAUGAUGAACAUGGAGGAGACAAAGAUGCGAAAGAUUCUUUAGAUAUGAGGAGGAUGGAGAGGAUGAAAAGAGGCUUAGAAGAUACAAGUGUCUUUGAGAAACCAAUUGGUCAGUUUGAGAAACACACCAAGGGCAUAGGGAGGAGAGUACUUCAGAAGCAAGGCUGGUCAGAAGGAGAAGGUCUUGGCAAGACAGUUGUUGGCAUGGCGGAUGCGCUAGAUAACACUGGACAACACUCCAGAGACAAGACAGGAUUUGGGUAUCAUGGAGAAAAAUUGCAACCAACCCGUAGUCAUGUGUCCACUACAAAGAGACAACGUAGGGCAGAUAAAGAGGUGAUUAUAUCCACCAUCUAUGAUAACCCCUCUGUAACUGAUCCAGCAGAACCACUGAUGAGAUCCAGAGGUCCAUAUCAUCUUAAGUAUCGUCAUGAGGUUGAAUUUGUCAAAGGAGAUCGCAGGUGACCAAAAUUGAGAUGCACUGCAGGUCCCAAGAUAAUUGCAGUACAGAUAACAUCAGAGACAGUCUUUAGCAACUAAGAUCAUACCUUCAUGACUGAUUCAAGGUAACCAUGGAUUUGAUAUAAGGAUUGUACCCUCGAAAUAUCAUCAUGAGAUUGACUUUGGCUUAGGAGAUUGCAGAUGAAUAAUAGGAGUUUCACUUUAAACUGACAAGAUAUACUGUUGUGCAGAAAACAAUCAACAUAUCUUGCACCUAUUAUUAUACUUCCAUGAUAGAUCCAACAAAACCAUGCAUGUGCUAACUUGAUAUAUAAGAAUUUGAUUGGCUCACAAAUUUUAAUAAUCACCUUGAGACAUAAUGGAAGUCGCUUGCCUCUGCAACACAUUUUUAAUGCCUGAUAUUCCAUUGACUUCUCACACAAAAAAGUUGCAGAGCUUUUGCUUCUCCAUAAGCCUUCAAAUUUGGAGUCCACCCCAAUAGACAAUUGAUUUGAGUGACUAGGAAAAAACAAGCAUGAUGCUGAUAAUUUCAUCAAAAUCAGAUUUAAAAUAAGAAAUUUUACCAACAGUUAUAUGUGCAGUACAGGUAGUAUGUAAAAAGAUGAAAACAAUGCCAUCAUGCACUUUCUUUAGCAAAAAUCACCUUCAGCGUGUGGAAUAAGAAUUAUCAGUCCCAUUCUUCUUCAUUAUAAGAAUAAAAAAAUUAAAAUAUAUAUAUAUUUCAGGCAGUGAUGUACAAAAGAAUCAAUGUGUGGCAUUGCCGGCUCACUCACUUGCAGAUCAGCUGUGUUGUGCCGUUUUAUGAAAUUUAGCAAAACUAUGAAACUUACUUUUCAUCAGAUUUUGAUGCAAUUUUCUAUGAUGCUUUUUAGAAUUUUUGUAUUCAUUCUGACCAUGUUUGUUGAGGUAGACUUGACCGUCAACUGGUUAGUCCUAAUCACUCACAAAAUUUACAUAUUGGAAUUCUACAUAUAUGUUAGCAAUGUCUCCCUUUUUUUAAAUGCUUGUAAACAUUUCAUGUUAUAAUCAUAUUUUAUAAAUUGUGAAGCCAGUAAAUUCAAAGCAAAUAUGAAAGA